AUAACUUCUCAAACCCCGCAAAACUUCUCUGUCUUUCAUUCGUGCCCCGCGUGGCCUUUCCAAAGCACACAGGCGGAUGCAGUCUGGGGUGUGUUUCUGAGCUGGCAGGUGCAGGAGCAGGUUGAACAGGUUGUGAAUGUCACUCUGUUAGGCCCUCCUCCUCCUUUCUAUACCCACUUCUCCCUCCAGGACGACUGCUGAUUCAUUCUUACGUAUUGGCAGGUCAGUGGAGAGAUUUCCGUGCACCUGUUCUCAUCUGACACAGCUGAAGUAUAAGGAAAAUGAAGCCUCUAAAAAUCACAGCAACCCUCAUCCUGCUUCUUCAAGCAUUUCAUCUGGUGUACCUGCAAGAUUCAACUGACUCUCCCGGACGUACACUUGAUAAGAGCUGGCUCCGCCAAUUCGGCAUCCAAAGUGAAACUGUGUUUGGUGGAGAGAGCGAUUCUGAUCAGGGAGCUGAUCAGGCGGCCGAAUCCAGCAGUGGGACAGCAUCUGGCUUCAUGACCGAAGAGGACAAUAACACGGCAACUCAGGAUGAGAGCGUAAAUGGCACAUUUGACGAUUCAAAUGUUUUCACUACAAUCAUCCCCUCUUCAUUUGAAUACGAAACAACUAAAGAACCAGAAUUACCAGAUGCAGCCAUCUCUCAGAGGAAUCUGACUACGGAGUCAAACUCAAGCCAAACCAACAUGACCUACACUAAAGAGGACUUUAACUCGUCCAUGACAGCAGACAACACAACCAGUGUUGGAGAUUUCUCCAAUAACCCUGACACACAGAUCACGACCACCACAGUACAACCUACAACACCAACAACCGCAACACCAACAACCGCAACACCAACAACCACAACACCAACAACCACAACAGCAGAGCAAGAUAAAGGAAUGAGAAACCUUACAGAAAAUACCACCACAUCACCUCCAACCACAGAAGCACCUGAGACGUUCUGGACAACCACCGUGUCUUUAACUACGACCGUGCCGCCGUCUGAAACCACAGGGACGAGCCCCAUAACUACCACCACUGGCAUUGUAAACGUACCAGAUUCGGCUAACAAGACUGGGAAGGUUGCGAGCGGCUCAGAACGGGGUUCUGUGGCAGACUCAGGUUCAGAGACGGAUCCCUACAGACGUAAAAGGAACGUGGCUUGGUUGGCUGUGCUGGGAACGGCGGCAGCGACAGCCGUCGUGGGAUUGGUGGCCUACAUCAUUCUGAAAAAGAAACAUCAGAAACCGUUCACUCACAGGAAGCUGGAGGAGUACCCUGCAGAUCCAGUCCUCAGAUUAGACAACAGCGAACCUCUGGACCUAAACUAUGCUUAUUACAACCCGACACUCCAGGGGGACAGCAUCCAAAUGAGCAACAUUCCAGGACGCCGUUGAAACUGAAAGGACUCCCAGGACAAAUGAAAUCUGGAUGCAUUGCAGAAAAAAAGUCAGAAAAUGUCAUUUGUGGAGACUGAAGAAUGUGAAAGUUUGGAAAAGGAACUGCUGAGAGUGGUAAUUGCUAAUGGGAAAAGGGAUCUAUUUACAAUAAAUUAGUUUUCAGAUACAAAUAAUGUAUUCUAUUUGCUAUGGCAACAUAAGUUACACUGCAAAAGCCAAAAUGAACUUUCUGCCACCUAAGUAUGUUGCCAAAGGGAAUCAAAUGAAGGCCUGCCGAUUUGGACAUUUUCUUUUAAAUUAGCUUUUGAUGAAGGAUGUAAAACAUUGUUUGAUACAACUAUUGUGAAAAUAUUUUAAUGCUAAAAAACACAUUUAAGGCUAAAUAUAUAUAUAUA